GUUACCAACCCCCAAAUCCCGUUCAAGAAACCAACCAGGAAGUGAAAGACGGAAAAUUAGAUCCACAUCACGCUUUCAGCUAGCAGUUUUUGGGGAAUACCUGUGUUUCUCCUAUAUGGAGAGGUCAGCCGAGUAGACAACAUAUGUCUUUAUGUAGAAAACGCUGAACAGUUUUGAAGAAACGAUGUCGUCGCGUCUAACUACACGGCAGGAUCGGUAAAGUGAAUGGACGGAGAGUGAUUGUCACUGACAACCUGCCAAAAUAAACACCGACAUAUGGCCCUCCUACUAAGAUAACCAAGGGAGACGACGCAGUGAGACGACAAGACUAGCAUCAUGUUCCUCAAAACAUCUUUCACCACCCUGAUCGUGGGGGUGUUUGUGGUGUACGUGCUCCACACCUGCUGGGUGAUGUUCGGCAUAGUAUACACUAAACCCUGCGACACCCCCACAGGGGGCAACUGUAUCACAUCCUUCCUGGCAGGAAACCCAAAACUACAGUUGAGCAUCUAUACUGCACUGCGGCCCAAUGCAGAGGGAGGACAUACUUUGAUCCACAAGGAGGAAUCAUUUGAUGUCAACAGCAAGUUUGAGAGGAUAGUAAAUGUCUCCCUCCCUAAGAAGACCCGCAACAAUGGAACUUUAUUUGCAUUAAUAUUUGUCCAUCAAGCUGGCGUCACUCCGUGGCAGGAUCCACGACAAGUCCACUUGGUGGCUCAGCUCACCACAUACAUGGUCCCUAAACUGCCUGAAAUCUCUUUGAUAUCCGGAGAGGAUCAAACACAGGGUCAGAAAGAAGAGGGCCAGCAGAAGAACCAUGAUGGUAAACCUUUGGCAGGGAGUGGAGCUGGUCCCACUUCCACAGCCGAUCACCCAGUUUCCCACUGGCGCACCCGCCUGACAUUCAACAUUGUCGGCGACCACUUCAUCUUCGACAAAGAAUCCCUGCCUAGUGAUGUCCACAGAUACCUCAGAGUAUUCCAAAAUGGUAAGAAGAUGGUUUAUCUACCUCUGCUGUUUGUUGAUGAGCUCAGCAACCGGGUCAAGGACCUUGUGGAGAUCAACAGCACCUCCACGGAGCUCCCUCUGACCAUCUCCUACGACUCCAUCUCUCUGGGGAGGCUACGAUUCUGGAUCCACAUGCAAGAUGCCGUUUUCUCUCUGCAGCAGUUCGGUUUCACAGAAAAGGAUGCGGAUGAGAUUAAAGGAAUCUUUGUGGAUACCAACCUGUACUUCCUGGCUCUGACCUUCUUUGUAGCAGCCUUCCAUCUCCUCUUUGACUUCCUGGCGUUCAAGAAUGACAUCAGCUUCUGGAAGCAGAAGAAAAGCAUGGUGGGAAUGUCCAGUAAAGCAGUGCUGUGGCGAUGUUUCAGCACCAUAGUGAUUUUCCUCUAUCUGUUUGACGAGCAGACCAGCCUGCUUGUUCUCAUACCCGCUGGCGUCGGCUCUAUCAUUGAAGUAUGGAAAGUAAAGAAGGCCUUGAAGAUUCAGGUUUUCUGGAAAGGAGGCAAACCAACAUUCCAGUUUGGGAAAUUAAAUGAAUCUGAGAGGAGAACAGAACAGUACGAUACUCUGGCCAUGAAGUAUCUCUCGUACCUCCUUUACCCGUUGUGUAUUGGAGGGGCUAUGUAUGCUCUAAUAUUCCUACGAUACAAGAGUUGGUACUCGUGGUUGAUCAACAGUUUGGUUAAUGGUGUAUACGCCUUUGGCUUCCUCUUUAUGCUUCCUCAACUGUUUGUCAACUAUAAGCUGAAAUCUGUGGCCCACCUGCCCUGGAAAGCCUUUAUGUACAAGGCUUUCAAUACCUUCAUCGACGAUGUGUUUGCCUUCAUCAUCACCAUGCCAACGUCUCACAGACUGGCCUGUUUUAGGGACGAUGUGGUGUUUCUCAUUUACCUCUACCAGAGAUGGCUAUACCCAGUCGACAAAACAAGAGUAAAUGAAUAUGGAGUUUCUUACGACGAAGAACCCAAAGAAAAGACUCACAAGGACUAGUGAGGAAAGACAGGUUAUGUCUUCCAUGAUCUUGAAUCUGCGGGUAUCCACUGAUUCGUAUUGGUCAUUUGGUAUCAACUGAGCCUGUUUAACCGUCCAGAGGCAGCUGGGAAAAUGUUUUUGAUUCUGGCCAGUUAGUUGUAAAUGGACCAAGUUCCUCAUCAUCUUCACUAUGUCUCAUAGUGCAAAGUGUUGAACGGUCAACAUCUGCUUAUCUGCAUUUUGAAGUCUGUAGAAGGAUUUUUGUUUUGUUUUUUUGCAUUAUGUUACAGGACAGGUAGAUAAACCUCAAACCCAUUUAAAACUGGCUCAACAACCUGGAAAAACGUGUUUCUGAAUGGUGUGAAUGGCCACCACACUGCUCACUACUAUGACCACGUCUACCACAGGUCACUGCUCAGCUUUGGUAUGAAAGGGUACACGGAUGACUAUAGUAACUCUCUUAUAGUAGAUAUGGUUGGUAGCUUCGAGCCUUCUCAGCCAUAAAUUCUGCUAUUCCUGUUGUCCACAAAGCCGGUCACAUUCCUUGUCUAUUGGAACAGAUCUUUACUGUUAUCACUGGAGGUCUUUUUUUUCCUUGAUUUCCAACUUUGCAUGUCUGCAAAUUCUGGUUUGGUUUGUGCUAAGGUGCAGGGGUAUGAUUGAUCUCAUUGGGUGGGACCCCUUUAAGCUUAAACCGCCUCUUGAGGACCACUGUAAAUAUUGUGAUUUCAGAAUAUUAAUUGCAAUGUUAUAAAGGGAUCAUUAUAAAUGUAAAGAAAUUUAGUCCGAAGCGGCUGUAUUGUUGGCUCAGUUAAUUGUUCCUGAUGCAGAAUUUGAGUGAGAAAUAAAAUGAAAUGUUGCUUUAUUAUGUUAAAUAUGCUCAGUGAAAAGGCUGUUAACAAUUUGCCUCUUAGAAACUAUGAAUGUGUAGACAUUUCAAUUUUGCAAAUGAUCAUGCACACAAAGCUAACAUGUUUUAACCCUGGGACACCUUAAAAGUGGCAAUAUACAUAAAACAUAAAAUGACAAAGAUAUGGGCACUUAAAAGGUAACAAGAAAUUAGUCAGAAAUAAUCAAAUACAUCAUUCUAACUUUAAGAGUUUUACUAAUGUACUUUUCAAAUAAUGUACAUGAUGAACCAUUCGAGGUCAAUGCCUAUCCUUAACCAUCUUGCAUCUACCAUCAUCACACAUUAAAUGAUACUGACUUUUGUUACACUGUAACACAGGAGGGUACCAUUUAAAACCCAUACUGUCCUUUCCAUCUACUCUAGUUUUGUAGUUUUACCUGCUCGAGUAUUUUUUACAUAUCAGGGCCAAGAAAAUAUGUUGGUGCCAAAUGUGAGAAUGAUCCUUUAAACUGUUGGUGAGCCUUGUUUGUUCACCAUAAAUGGUCCAUCUGCUGUUUUUAAUUAGACACUAAUAUUGUGAGGAAAAUGGUAAAUGCUUAGACUUGAGGAAAGUAUUGCUACAUUUGGAUUUACAGUCACAUUUUGAUUUUUCUGCUAUAGUUUUAAUAUGCUUUCUUUUUUUUUGCUUCUUUUUUUUUUUUAUUGAAAGAUAUAUGGAUAUAUUCAAUCCAGCACAGGUUUUCUGUUACUGUGUAAACCAGGUAAGGAGAGAUUUGCAGAAAAUUGCCUUGAAAUGGUUUUAGUUAUUGUAACAUUUGUGUUUUUGAUUGUGAUUAAAUAAAAUUGUUGACUGAA